AACAUCUACUAAGUGAGCGCCAUGACUGAAAAUUCUAUAUGGAAGCAAGUCUUACACCUUCUAAUGAUAUGAUGCGGCAUCUUGUUGGUCUUUUGAUGAGCUAGAUAUGGCAUCUAAAGAUAAUGUCAAUCGUUCAGUUGGUGAUGGACUAUCACCAGAAGAAUUUCUUCCAGAUCCUCCAUCUGAAGACUGGGAAUUAAACAUACUUCUAGAUGACAUUGCUCAGGGAAUUCCUGAAGAAGAUCUGAAACGAUUAAAAUCAUAUUGUAUAGGUGGACCUGGUAAACGAACUCUUUCGGAAAUGAAAGAUGCGAUAGAUCUUUUCACACAUUUACGACAGACUCGUCGUCUAACCAAAGACAACCUCAUUGUACUGCAAUCGAUGCUGUUUCACUUACACAGAAGAGACCUUCAAAAAAAGGUUGUUGAAUAUGCAAGAAGGCUUGGAAAUGUGUUGCAUUUCUAUACCCCUUCCGACCAACCAGAAAACGGUUACCAACAUUUAACAAUCCAUGUAGAAGGAACAGUCAAUUUUGACAGGAUCAAAUUAGAGAAACUAAGAGAUGGAGUUGCUAGACUUCUAUGCAUACCUCCUCAAUUUGUUGUUGUAAAUGGUAUUGAACCAGGCAACAGUUUUCUCAUUACAUUUACGAUUGCAGAAGAGUAUAUUGAUUUUGUUUUUGAAAUGCAGCAAGGCGAUGCAGCUUUCCUUAUAGCAGAAGGUGUCGAUUUUUUCAAAGUUAAUGAAAAAGUUGUCGACCUGAAAAACCUACAGAAAGAACAAUCUACAGAAGACGUGCUGGCAAUUAAGCAUGAAAUGCAGUCAUUUGCAAAGCGAAUUCAAAACUUGGAAUCAGAUUUAGAUGAUGCACAGGCACAAAUGAUUAAAGUGGAAAGAGAAAGGAAGAUGUAUAAAACAGAAAAUUCAAUAUUCAAACAAACUUGUAAGACAAAUGCAUUCAUAGCAACUAUGGUGCAAGCAUUGUGGUAUUAUGUGCUUUUUCUAAAAAUCUUCAAACCAUUUGAAAGACUUUCUACGAAGGCUGCAUGUGUUUAUUUUCAUGUUAUGCUUAAGGAAACGCAAAGACUGAAUUACGAUUCAAAUGUUCUAAGAGCAUUGAUAGAAGCUAAUGCAAUGAUGAUAAAAGCGAAAGUUUCAGAAGAUAUGUGUAUUCGCCUUUCAAAGUAUAACAUUCAAUUACAAGCAAUGGCGUCAAAGAUUAAUUUCUUGGAAUAUGAAAAAGAAAAACUUGCGUUUUACCUGAAUAUUGGAGAGAAUGCUCCUAUUUUGUCUCAAAGAGAAGAAUUUUGGUUGCGAACACUAGAAAGGUCUUUUAUUCCAGCAGGAAUGCCGAUAUCUGGUGUCAUUUCUGCAACAAUUGGAAUUUCCGAUCCAGAUCUUCAAAUUAUAUUGACCAAAUUGUCUAAAGAACUAACGAAAAAAGAAAGGAAUAAAUUGCUACAAGGCUUGCCAGAUGGGGAAAAGAGAAGAAUAGAAAAAACGCCAAAUGCCUUAUUACAGGCACUAUGGGAAAAAGAAAAAAGAAGGUCAAAGGGUCAAACAAAGUUAGAUAUAUGGUUUCAUGCUAUUAUGAAAGAUAUCAACAGACAAGAUUUAAACAAUCCAUUCCUUGAGAUGGUUCAAUCAACCAUGAUUCAGGGACCCAGUGAAGACAAAAAACCCAAGAUGUCGUCCAGUUCUUCAAGAUCUUCUGGACUUCAUAAGAGUCUUGGAAGAAGAAAACGCCGUAGAUUCAAUAGCGGUCCUGGCACGUCUGGAAUAAUUCACACUGAUUCUGAUCAGUCAUCUGGAUUUUGUGAAAUGGAACAAGAAGGAGAAAGCAGCUUCACUCAAUUCCAGAUUCUAAAUAAACAGAUGCAUAAAAUGCAGACCGCAUUAGAAACUUUAACAAUGAGGUCUAAAGAAGAGUAUCAAUUUUCACCUUUUACAAAAGAUACAGAAAGUGCAUUCUCCUCGAUUCCUUCAUACAUUUCUAAACCUAAAACAUAAGUUGUCAUCGUGCUUUUUAUGUCAUAGCUUAUGUACACUGUUACAAUUACUAUACAUAACUAUUUGGAACAAGGUUGGCACAUUAUUUUGAUUAAAUCAGUUGUCCUUGAUACAAAAAAAAGUUUUAAAUUUUCACAUAUUGAUU